AUGAUGAAAUUUGGAAAAAUUACACAAUUUUCAAAUAUUUUAAUAUUAUUUCUGUUUUUUACUGCUUAUACAUUUGCUACAAUUAAUCAAUGUUUUUUAAUAAGCGUCUUUUUCAAUCGAGCUAAUUUAGCUGCUUGUGGAGCUGGAAUUUUAUAUUUUCUUCUCUAUUUACCAUAUACUAUUUUAAUUAAUUAUGAUACUCAAAUAAAAACAUGGCAAAAAACGAUUGCAUGUCUUUCAUCAACAGUUGCUUUUGGACUUGGUUGUGAUUAUAUUGCUCGAUUUGAAGGUAUGGCUAAAGGUAUUCAAUGGUUUAAUAUAAAUCAAAGUAUAAAACCUAAUGAUACUUUUACAUUUCUUCAUUGUAUUAUAAUGAUGUUAAUCGAUUCUGUUAUAUAUAUGUUAUUAACUAUUUAUAUUGAAAAUGUAUUUCCCGGUGAAUACGGAAUUCCACAAGUAUGGUAUUAUCCUUUUACAAAGACGUAUUGGUUUGGUUUUGAUGCAAAAAAAAUUCGUCAACGUACAGAAGAAAUGGGACCUCCAGUUAAUCAGAAUGAAAAUGUUGAAAAGGAACUAGGUGAUAUUGGUAUUGAAAUAAUAAAUUUAUCGAAAUAUUAUGGAAAUAAAAUGGCAUUAAAAAAUUUAUCGAUAAAAUUUUAUCGUAAUAUGAUAACAGCAUUUCUUGGAAGAAAUGGAGCUGGAAAAAGUACAACAUGGUCAAUAUUAACUGGUUUAAUACCACCAUCAACUGGUACAGCAUAUAUUGAUCGUUAUAAUAUAUUAACCGAUAUAAAAAUUGUACGACAACGACUUGGUUUUGCUCCACAAUAUAAUAUUUUAUUUGAUUUAUUAACUGUAAAAGAACAUUUAGAAUUUUUUUCUAAAUUAAAAGAUGCACCAAAUGAAUUAAUUCAAAGUGAAACAGAAAAAAUGCUAAAAGAUUUAAUAUUAGAAAAAAAAGCAGAAAAUUAUUCAACAGAAUUAUCUGGUGGUAUGAAACGAAAACUUUCAAUUGCUAUUGCUUUUAUUGGAAAUUCAACAACAGUUAUUUUAGAUGAACCAACAGCAGGUGUUGAUCCAUUUGCUCGACGAGCAAUAUGGGAUCUUAUAUUAAAAUAUAAACCAAAACGAACAAUUGUUUUAUCAACACAUCAUCUUGAUGAAGCUGAUUUACUGAGUGAUCGUAUAGCAAUAAUAUCGUCCGGUGAAUUAAAAUGUGUUGGUACAACAAUGUAUUUAAAACGAAAAUAUGGUGAAGGUUAUAAUUUAAUUAUUGAAUUAAUAACAGAUGAAAAUGAAUAUAGACAACAACAACAACAACAACAAGAAAAUAAUAGCAAUUUAAUAACUAAUACAAAUUCUUCUUUAAAUUCUAUACAUUUUUCAAAAUUAACUGAAUUUCUUCGAAAAUAUAUGUUUGAUAUUCGUGUAAAAGAAGAACAUGGUAAUCAAAUAACUUAUAUUAUAGUAGAUGAUCUUGAACAUACAAAAAUAUUUCCAAUAAUGCUUGCUGAUCUUGAUGAAAAUAAAACAAAAUAUCAUAUAAAAAAUUAUGGUUUAUCAAAUAGUAGUCUUGAACAAGUAUUUUUACGUGUUGCUGAUGAAAUAAAACGACCAGAAGAUUAUGAACGUUUAUCAUCUAAGAAAAAAAUCCAAAAUCGUAUAAGAAAAUUAUUUACAAAACAUGAAGUAGUAAACAAUCCAACAAAUGAAAAUGAAAAUAAUGAUGAUCAAAUACAAAUGAAUACACGAUUAAGUGAUGAUUGGAGUCCAUAUACUGCCGAACGAUAUACAGGUAUACAUUAUAUAGCUAUACAAAUAAUGGGUUUAAUUAUAAAACGUUUUCAUCGAACAAAACGUAAUAGAAAAGGAUUUAUUGCUGAACUUCUUCUUCCAAUUUUCUUUAUAUUACUUGCUAUGCUCGUUAUAAAAUUAUCACCAAAUCAAAAUGAACCACCAAUGCUUAUACUUCAUCCAUGGUAUUGGAAUAAACCAAAUUAUAUAUUUCAAUCAUUAUCUACUGAUGAUACUUCACUUAUAUCAAAAUCAAUUCAACAAACAUUUACUCAGCCACCAUCAUUAGGUACACGUUGUAUAAAAACAACAAUAUUCAAUAAAAAAUUCUAUCCAUGUAUGAACAAAACUUUUGAUUAUGUUUAUAUUCCAACAAAUUCUGAUGUAAUGAAUGUAUUAAAUAAUAUUAAUUAUAAUCAAACACGUAUAUCACCUGAAUGUGAUUGUUGGGAAAAAAUGCAAACAUGUCCAAUGGGUAGUGGUGGACCAGCAGCUAAUUAUGAUAUUACUCAAACAGGUGAUAUUUUAUAUGAUUUACAAGGAUAUAAUAUAACAGAUUGGUUAAUAAAAACUGAAUAUAAUAUUGAUUAUUUAAUGAAACGUUUUGGUGGUUUUGAAUUUCUAUUACAAUCCGUGUCAGAUAGUUAUGAUAUUAUAAAUGAAACAUUAAUUAAUCAAAUAAUAAAUAUAACUGAUCUAACAAAUCAAUUAUUAUCUAUGAUUAAUUCAUGGAAAAUUGCUCCACUCUUUCGAAUUUUUCCACCUCGAGUUUCGGUUUGGUAUAAUAAUAAAGGAUGGCCAUCAAGUGUAGCAUUUUUAAAUAUAUUUAAUAAUGCUUUAUUAAGAGGUCUUCUUUUACAAGUUAAUUCAUCAAUUGAUAUUAAUGAUUAUGGUAUAACAACAAUAAAUCAUCCAUUACCAGAAACUGAACGUCAACUAGAUACUGAUUUACAAAGUCGUUCUGCAUUAGAAAUGUUUACAGCAAUAUGUAUUAUAUUUGCUUUAGCUUUUAUUCCAGCAAGUUUUCUUGUUUUUCUCAUUGAUGAACGUAUAACAACAUCGAAACAUUUACAAUUUGUUAGUGGUCUUAAAGGUAUAACUUAUUGGUGUGGACAUUUUCUUUGGGAUUUAACAAAUUACUGUGUAUCAAUAGCAAUUUGUAUGAUUAUAUUUCUUAUAUUUAAUAUUGAAUCAUAUGUAUAUAAAACAAAUUUUCUUUGUCUUCUAUUAUUAUUAUUUCUCUAUGGUUUUGCACUAAUACCGUUAAUGUAUUCAAUAAAUUAUUUUUUUAAAACACCAUCAACCGGUUUUGUAGUUAUAUCAUGUAUUAAUAUAUCUAUUGGUUUAAUAACAACAAUAUCAACAUUUAUAUUAGAAACUAUUGAUGAUGAAAUAGACCUUAAACGUAUUAAUAAUAUUUUAAUGAAAUUAUUUCUUAUUUUUCCACAUUAUUGUCUUGGUCGAGGUUUAUUUGAUAUGAGUAGAAUACAUGCAACUAAUGUUUUUAGACUUAAAUAUGUUUCGGGCUAUGUUCCAAUAUCACCAUUUCAAAUGGAUAUUGUUGGUCGAAAUUUAUUAUCAUUAUUUUUUCAAGGUAUUAUCUUUUUUCUAUUUGCUAUUCUUGUUCAAUAUCGAUUUUUUAUACCUGAUCGUGGUUGUGUUCGUACACCAAAAAAUUUAAAAUCACUUAAUGAAGAUGAUGAUGUUGCUGCUGAACGAGAAAGAAUUUAUUCUGAUCCUAAUAAUACAAGUUAUGAUGUUUUACGAAUGGUUGAUUUAGUAAAAGUUUAUGGAUGGAUAUUUGGUAAAAAUUUUAUAGCUGUUAAACAAACAUGUGUUGGUGUUAAACAAGGUGAAUGUUUUGGUUUAUUAGGUAUAAAUGGUUCAGGAAAAUCAACAACAUUUAAAAUGCUUACUGGAGAAAUUUCAAUGACAGAUGGAAAUGCAUAUGUUAAUAAUUAUAGUGUUAUUAAACAAUUAGAUGAUGUUCGACAAAAUAUUGGUUAUUGUCCACAAUUUGAUGCACUUGAUUUGUUAUUAACAGCACGAGAACAUCUUUAUUUUUAUGCUCGAUUAUGUGGAAUUAAACAAAAGAAUAUACCAUUUAUUGCUGAUUGCUUAUUAAAACGACUUGGUCUUACACUUUGGGCUGAUCGACCAGUAAAACAAUAUUCAGGUGGAAAUAAACGAAAAUUAUCAACAGCUAUUUCACUCAUUGGAAAUCCAACAAUCAUAUUUAUGGAUGAGCCUACAACAGGAAUGGAUGUACGUGCAAAACGUUUUCUAUGGAAUUGUAUAUUAAAAUUAACACGUCAAGAUAAAAAGUCAGUUAUUAUAACAUCGCAUUCAAUGGAAGAAUGUGAAACAUUAUGCAAUCGACUUGUUAUUAUGGUUAAUGGAGAAUUUAAAUGUCUUGGUAGUGUACAACAUUUAAAAGAAAAAUUUGGUGAUGGUUAUACAAUAUUUAUUCGAACAAAUAUUGAUACAAAUAGAAAAAUUGUUAUUAAUUAUAUUCAAAAAUAUAUACCAGAAGCUACUAUUAAAGAAGAACAUAAUAAAAUGAUACAUUUUCGUGUAUCAACAAAUGUUUCAUUACAUAAAAUGUUUAAUAUAUUAGAAAAAGCACGUGAUAAAUUAAAAAAUCUUAUUGAAGAUUAUACUAUUACACAAAUAACACUUGAUGAUGUAUUUGUUAAUUUUGCUAAAAUCCAAGAAAAUAAUCAAAUAUUAAAAGAAAGAAAUGAACAAGGAAGUUCAUAUGAAUUAAUUCAUAGAAAAACUAAUAUUAUUGGUAAGUUUAAUAAAUAUAAUUAG